UUCAACUCCAUUCACUCCACAAACGAUCUUGAAAAACAACAAAAAAAAGCCAUUGAUGGAAAACUUUUCCAAGGGGUUGUCUGUAGCAGUUGCGACCUCCAUUACAGUAGCCAGUACAGUAGCCCUUUUCCUCAUUACCACCUACCGUAUUCCAAAAGCCAUCGAACUGUGCAAGGACUGCCUAAUUCUCCUCAAAAGCAAAACUUUGGUAAAAGAAGACCUUUUUGUUAAGGCUCUUUACUCAAUGGUUUAUAGUUCAACGUAUGUCGCAUACUAUUGUAUCCACGAUUAUACUAAAGCGAUACAUUAUGGGAGGAAACUUCUGGCCAUAUCACGUGAAACUAAUCACAGAAAUCUCGAAAUAUGUUUAAGUCUCGAACUGGCAAGUAUCUACUUUAAACAGUGCAAACAAUAUACGAAAGCAGAAGAGCUUUACAAGAGAGUCAUUGAUAUCGCAGAAGAAUCUGGUGAUAGAAAGGGACAAGCUGAUGGUUACGGAUACUUGGGAGCAAUGUUCUAUUCGAAAUCUGAGUAUGAAAAGGCUAGAAAUUACCAUGAGUUGGCCCUUAAGUUAAGGGAAAAAAUUGAAGACUGGGAAGGAGAAGCGGAGUCCUUGACAAGCCUUGGGAGUUUGUUUAUGGAUGUUAAAGAGCUUGCCAAAGCUAAACACUGUUUAGAUAAAGCUCUUUGGAUAGCUCAAGAAAGAGGCGACAGAAGGAGAGAAGCAUACUAUCUAGGGAGUCUUGGAGAGUUCUUCAUGAAUAUGUCUGAUAAAGUCCAGGCACAAGAGUACCUUGAGAAGGCACUUACUAUCGCAACUGAAACUGAAGAAACAAAACUUCAAGUGUUUUACUCACGACAUUUGGCAGAGUUAUGCAUUCCUCUUCGGGAAUAUGCAAAGGCCGAAAAUUAUCUUUGCAAUGCGCUUAAAAUUGCUCUGGAAACUUGUGAUAGAGAUGAGGAAUUUUCAUGUUAUGAAGUGUUCGGAAAUUUGUUUUAUGCUCGUUGUGAAUUUGCUGAAGCGAGGAAAUACUUUGAAAGAGCAGUUUCCUUUAAAACAGAAAUUGUCGACAAAAAAGGAGAAUCCGUUUCGUGCAUCAACUUAGGGAAAGUUUAUUCAUCCCUUGGCGACCCCGUCAAAGCCAAAGAGUAUUUUGAAAGAGCACUCACGGCAAUUAAAGGAACUGGUGACCAACACUUAGAGGCAUUUUGUUAUCAAUCACUGGGACAAGUGGCUGAAAUUACAAGUGAGUUUGGCAAGGCUAUAGAUUGUCUUGAAAAGGCGCUCGAAAUCAAUGUAAACAUUGGGAAUAGGAAAGGAGAGGCUUCUUGUUACGGAAAUUUAGGGGCCAUGUUUAAAUGUGUUUGUAAGUACGACACGGCUGAGGAGUACCUUCAGAAAGCUCUUUCUCUCCAAAAUGAAAUAGGAGGAGAUGACGAAAACAUGGCCGCGUCCUAUGGAAACCUCGGAAUUCUGUUUCAAUCUCGGGGAGAACAUGACAAGGCGAAACAAUAUCUCGAGAAAGCACUGUCUAUCACCAAAGAAGUUGGCAACAAAAGAGGAGAAGCUCAGAGUUACUGUAACCUAGGAACCGUGUUUCAAUCUCUCGGAAAGAUUAACUUCGCAAUUGAAUGUCAUAGGAAAGCCCUUGCGAUUAGAUUGGAAAUAAGUGACAAACGGGGGAAAGCGCUGUCGUAUGGAAAAUUAGGAAGUGUCUAUCGAUUUCUUUAUGAAAACGACAAAUGCAAAAGCUACUUGGAAGAAGCACUGACAAUCAUGAACGAGAUUGGAGACAAACAUGGAGAGGGUACAAUAUAUCAAUUCCUUGGAGAAUUAUUUGAAUUAUUUGGAGAGUAUGAAAAGGCUUCAAACUACUAUAGAAAAGCUCUUACGAUCGCUAUUGAAAUUGGAAACCGAAGAGGAGAGGCCGAUUGUUACUUACACUUAUUCGGUGUGUUCAAAUCUCUCGGUAAAUAUGCCGAGGCAAAAGAACAUUCGCUGAAAGCCUUGACAAUAGCAGAUGAAAUUGACCACAGAGACGGGCAAGCCUCAAGUUAUGAAUGCCUUGGCCAUGUCUUUCAGAGCUUUGGUGAAAAUGCAAAGGCUCAAGAAUACUGCGAAAAGUCACUCAAGAUAAAUAGAGAACUUGGGAACAAACAAGGGGAGGCAGACAAUUAUGGAGAUCUGGGAACCGUGUUCGUUUCCAUUAGCAAGGUCUUUAAAGCCCAAGAAUAUUUGAGAAAAGCUCUUGAAAUUAGACGGGAAAUUGGUGACAGGUGCGGAGAAGCGGCAGAUAACGCCAAUCUAGGAAUUGCGUAUCACCACCUGGGUAAGAACGUCGAAGCUAAAGUGUAUCUCAAAGAGGCUCUUCGGAUCAGAACCGAAAUCAACGACAGAAAAGGAGAAGCUUCGAGUUACAGGGCGUUAGCAACAUUCUUUCUGGAUGUCGGCGAAUAUGCUAAGGGCAAGUGGCACCUUGAGAAGGCAGUUGCGAUUUGCAUAGAAAUUGGCGACAGAGACGGACAAGCCUUAAACCAUAUACAGCUGGGGUGUUUCUUCAGCGCAAUUGGAGAAUACUCAAAAGCUGAAGAGCAUUGUUUCAAAGGCCUAAUGAUAAAAAAAGAAAUUGGGGACAAGCACGGGGAGGCCAUAGCCAUGCACAAUCUUGGUGAUGAUUUAGUAUCUGUUGGCAGAUACACGGAGGGAGAUAGAUAUCUUCAGAAUUCACUGGCCAUUGCAAGAUCUAGAGAAGUUGGUGACAAAAACAGUGAAGGUACGUCUUAUUUCAGUUUAGGAUCCCUGUUUAAAAGUCUCGGUGAGAAUGCUAAAGCUACGCAGUAUUACGAGAAAGCAAUGGUGACGAGAAUACAGAUUGGUGAGAGAAACGGAGAAGGCGCGUGUUAUAGAGAGCUGGCAAGUAUUGCUCUAGCUGCUGGAGAGAAAUGCAAAGCGGAAGAAUAUCUUGCGAAGGCACUCUCCAUUAUGGAGGAGACGGACAAUAAAGACGGGAAGGCAGCAGUGUACGAGAGCCUUGGACGGAUGUUCCUUAUUCUUGGCGAAUGGUUUGAGGCUAAAGAAAAUUUCGAGAAAUCACUCUCGAUCAGACAAGAAAUCGGUGACAGGGGAGGAGAAGCAAUGAACUUCCUUCAACUAAGUCAGGUGUUUGCCCUCUUUGGGGAAACUGCUAGGGCUGAAAACUUGAUUAAGAAAGGUCUUCUCAUAAGUAAGGAUAUUGGCGCUGGUAAUAUUGAGUGGAGAUGCCUUUGCAGCCUUGCAUAUUUCAAGUUGAAAGACGACUCCAAACAAGCACUAUCGUGUUUUUAUGAAGCUGUUGAAAAAUGCGAAGAGUUACGGGGUCUUGUUGGAGGGUGUGAUCAGUUCAAAGUAUCCUUUUCAGAUGAACACUCUUUUCCGUAUCAGUUUCUUAGCGAAUUGCUUUCUCAUGCGGGUAAUCCUAUCGAAGCCCUCCACGUUGCUGAGUUGGGAAGAGCUAGAGCUCUAGCAGACUUGAUGUCAAGCAAGUAUUCAAUGGAAAAUCGAAUGCCAGCUAAUCUUCAAUCGUGGAAUAUUACUCAAGGGGUAAUGGAGAAAGAAGAUUACUCUACGUGCUUAUACGUUUCUUACUUUGGCCAAGAUGUGUCCUUGUGGAUUCUCAAACGAGGCGGAGCCAUUCACUUCAGAAGGUUGUUAGUGAAUGAGGACAGUGCUACUAAAGGGUUUGUUGCACAUCUGGAUGAUUUCUUUGUGAAAAACUUCAGAAACCUUAGAGUCACUCUCCAGGAACAUUGCGAAGAUCGAUCUUUGAGUGACCUUCAACCUAGCCCAAUAUCGCCUGCAGAAGAAGGGCUUGGAAUGUUUAGCAUUUUUGAAGAGGAAGAAGAGGAGGAAGAGGACAGUCAAGAUCCAGAAGUGGAUAAAUUGUUUUACAAAAUGAUUAUUGCUCCGGUGGUUCACUUUUUAGAAGACCCAGAGAUUCUUAUUGUUCCACACCGUUCCUUGUACAGGGUUCCAUUUGCAGCGCUACGAGAUGAAAAUGGGAAGUACCUGGCAGAAAAAUUUAGAAUCCGUAUCGUUCCUUCCUUGCUGACUCUCAAACUCAUACAGGACAGUCCACCUGACUACCACUACCAGACUGGGGCAUUGAUAGUGGGUGACCCUGUGGUUGGUCAUGUAUUAUACAAGGGAAACACUCAGUACUUGUCACGACUUCCAGCGGCAAGAAGGGAGGCAGAGAUGAUUGGGCAGCUGAUAGGUGUCACACCAUUAAUUGGAAAAAGCGCAACUAAGCAGGCGGUGCUUGAAAGGCUAAAUUCAGUUGGGCUGAUUCAUUUGGCGGCACAUGGAAAUGCAGAAACAGGUGAAGUUGCUUUGUCCCCGGUACACCCCGACAACCGCAUUCUUCAAGAAGAAGAAUACUUACUUACAAUGUCUGAGAUUUCAAAAGUUCAACUUCGAGCUAAGCUGUUGGUGCUUAGCUGUUGUCACAGUGCAAAUGGACAAAUUCGAGCCGAGGGCGUUGUUGGCAUAGCUCGAGCGUUCUUAGGAUCCGGUGCACGAUCAGUGUUGGUGGCUCUGUGGGCCAUAGAAGACCGGGCGACGGAACAGUUUAUGAGAUGCUUUUACGAGCACCUGGUCCGUGGGGAAAGUGCCAGUAAGUCUCUUCACGAAACUAUGAAGUGGAUGAGGAGUCAUGGCUACUCUGACAUAGGACAGUGGGCGCCCUUCAUGCUGAUUGGCGAUGACGUCACAUUUGCAUUCUCAAAAAUGAGUUCCAAGACAAAGACGUGAUCAAUGGUCCAUCCACUCGCAUCAGAGGAAAAGUCUUUUAUGACAUGGCUCAGAAACAUAGAUCAAACUUUUAUUGAAUAAGAAGUAGGAAUUAAUCAGUUAACUCGUGAAUGUCAACCUUAAAUUAAUGAUUUCGAACUGAGGCUUCCAAUCAGUCAGCCUAAUUACACAUUGAAAUAUUGGAAGUAAAAUUUUCCUUUGCUUCGCUAGUGGUAAUUCAAAGUGGCGACAAUAUUUAGUUAGAAUAAUCUUCAUGGCAAUAGAGAUCACAGUCAGUCUAUGUAAUAAGUACUGAAGCAUUUGAAGCCAGAACAACACAAAAUGAUUUUUUUUGGCUCUCAUCAAAAUUUUAAGGGUACACCAGGGGUUUUCUGCUCCUCUCUCUUUCACAAUAAAAGAAAGAAAAAUUAAAAACUACUCAACAAUCAUUUUUAACCCAAGCUGUGCACAUGCCACUGCCAAAUCUUAGUCCUAUCUUAGAAGCUUAAUUACAAAGUUUGGACAUCAGAUUUUAUCAACUAGGACCAAAACCACUAAAGAACAUCCUGUACACUAAUAGCAAGAACAUGUUUACCAGGAACCAAAAAUUUUUCAAGUGGGUAACUUCAUUGGUUAUAAAGUAACUGCCAGUAUCUGUUUUUUCACCUCACAAAAACAAAUGAGAAGAAUACUGUUUAAUUUAUGUCAGCAUGCCAUGCAGAGCUCUAGGAGUGAAGCCCCUCACUCCUACAGUUUCACAUGGCACACUUACAAGAAUCAUUUUCCACUGAUUUACUCUCACUCAUGCAAUAGACAUCACCGAAAAAGAGGGACUGCUUUUAAUCUACCACAAUACAAUGAAGACCCCCAAAAAUUCCUACAAUCCUGGUUUUUUUUCAAUUAAUUUGAGGUAGCAAACUAUUGUUAGUAGCAUGUUACUUGUGGGAUUCUUUUAUUGUGGAAAUUAAUUUUCCCAUUCAUGAUAAUCUGUAAAAAUUACUAUCAGCAAAAGUUCCAUGCUACAUGAACUGUGACAAUCAAUUGGAACUGAGUCGGAGGGCCCAGAAUGAUAUGUUUUAAGUAAGGAUAAACACUGUCUGCAUCUCAGCCUCAUUAUCUUGAUUUAGAUGUUAGCCUAAUACCAUACUUUAUGACUAAAAAACAUUUUACCCUCUAGCAAGCUUGAUUGAAAACAUAUUUUUUGUAUGUCAUUAUACCUGUUUCUAUUCAGGGUGACUUUUGAACUCUUUCACAAGAUAUUUGAACCAGUAUCUACCAGUAAUUAAUACAAAUUAUCACUGACCAUGACUCCAAAAAUGACAGUAGUAUCAAAAAUGUAUUUAAUUAAGUUAGCCACAGUGGAAGAAUUGAUACUUAAAUUCACAGAAUGAAGGGGUUCAAAAGACUUGAAAAGUUAACCCUUGACUCCAAGAGUGACUUAAGCCUAAUUUCUCCACACAAUAUCACCCCUGAAAUUCUCGAGUGUUACACAAAUUCUCCUUGGCAACACCUUCAGAAAUGUAUAGAGAACAGUGUGGAGAAUAUGCAUAUUGAUGUCACGAAGAACAAGAUUAAAAAUGUUGCAAUCAACAAAUAUUAA